AUGGACUUCCCGUCAGAAACAAAGUCUGCAUCCACAAGCUCAACUCCCUUUAAGAGUUCAAAUGAUGACCGCAUCGUUGUCAUCGGUGCCGGCGUCCUUGGCCUUUCCAUGUGCACCCUUCUGCAAUCCCGUCUUCCAGCCCGCCUUGUCACCCUCCUCGCCGCUGAGCUCCCAUCUACGUCCCCUGACUCAUCGCCUGCUUACACUCCCUCCUAUGCCUCUGCUUGGGCUGGCGCGCACUACCGGCCCAUCUCUCCCUCAACACCACAAUUACAUGCUGAAUUCAAACUCGCGCAACGUACAUUCGAGAUCAUGAAGCGCAUAGCAUCAGAGAAGCCAAAGGCAGGCAUAAAACUGAUGCAAGGGGUGGAGUAUUUCGACAGGCCGGGAAAAGGGGAGUUAGGGAUGAAGGACGGAGACGUGUAUGCGGGGCCUGAGGAUGGAUUUCGAGUUUUGCAAAAGAGCGAUUUGAUGGAGGGGGUGAAGUGGGGUUGUGAAUAUGGGACUUAUUGUAUUAAUGUGCCGGUGUAUUGCGGGUAUCUGUUGAAAGAGUUUCAGGAAAAGGGUGGAAAGAUCGUUAGUCGCAAGAUUGGGGACGUAAAGCAGGCGUUUAGUUUGAACGAAGACGAGAUUGGAGGCGAGGUAUCAACGGUGGUGAAUUGUUCAGGGACAAAUUUUGGAAAGGAUCCGAAAAUCAAGCUCAUCCGUGGCCAGACCGUUUUGGUCAAAAAUCCAUAUCAUAGGACUGUCACUCGACAGUAUGCGGAUGGGAGAUGGGCCACCUUGAUUCCUAGACCGUUGGAUGGAGGGACUAUUGUUGGUGUCACGAAGGAGAUUGGUGAUGAGGAAGAAACAGCCAGGCCAGAGAUAAGACAGCUGUUGCUCAAGCAGUCUAUUGAGUGUUUCCCGGACUUUGUAGAGAAGCUGGAGGACUUUGAGGUCAUCUCGGAUAAUGUAGGGAGGCGGCCUUUUAGGGAAGGCGGGUUGAGGAUGGAGGUUGAAGAGCUGGACGCCGGACGGAAGCGCAUAGUACAUGGAUACGGAGCCGGUGGUCGAGGGUAUGAACUCAGCUGGGCAAUCGCCGAGCGACUGGUUGAGCUAUUAAAUCCAGGUGGCUCUGUACAAGCGACGACGGUGUUACCGUGA